UCCCGCCCGCGGCAGGAGGGGUUGGCUGAGCCGCUGUUUGUGAGCUCCGGGGCCGCGACGGGAGGGCCGGGCCGGGCGCUGAGGAGGAGCGAGCGGACACCCCGCGGCAUUCCCAGUGAGCGGGGCCAUGAGCAGCCGAGGCGCAGCCAGGCCGAACGGGCAGUCCCAAGCUGGGAAGAUCUGUCAGUUCAAACUGGUGCUGCUGGGGGAGUCGGCAGUGGGUAAAUCCAGCCUGGUGCUGCGCUUCGUCAAGGGCCAGUUCCACGAGUACCAGGAGAGCACCAUCGGAGCGGCAUUCCUCACACAAUCCGUCUGCCUGGAUGACACAACGGUCAAGUUCGAGAUCUGGGAUACAGCCGGGCAGGAACGGUACCACAGCCUGGCCCCCAUGUACUACCGGGGGGCCCAGGCCGCCAUCGUGGUCUAUGAUAUCACCAACCAGGAAACCUUUGCACGGGCCAAGACAUGGGUGAAGGAGCUGCAGCGCCAGGCGAGCCCCAGCAUCGUCAUCGCCCUGGCCGGCAACAAAGCCGACCUGGCCAGCAAGCGCAUGGUGGAGUACGAGGAGGCUCAGGCAUAUGCAGAUGACAACAGCCUCUUGUUCAUGGAGACGUCGGCCAAGACGGCCAUGAACGUCAAUGACCUCUUCCUGGCCAUCGCCAAGAAGCUGCCAAAGAGCGAUCCGCAGAGCACGAGUGGGGCCGGCGGCCGGGGCCGUGGUGUGGACCUGCACGAGCAGAGCCAGCAGCACAGGAGCCAGUGUUGUAGCAACUGAGGCGGAUCCGGGACCCCUCCAUCCCCCCCAGCACCCCCAGGCCCUGCCGUGCCCCUCACCGCACUCCCGGGAGCUCCGUCGGCUGCGGAUUGGACUUGGGAUGGGAAUCCAGACUCUUCCUCACUUUGUAUCAUAGGCGCCCGCAGCCCCCCGAGCUCCCGCGGAGCCGGGAGCUUCCCAGCUGCGGGAAUGUGGGAACGUCCGCGGGGUCUGGCACCGAUUUCUGUUGGAUUUCCCUUAUUUUUAUUAUUCCCCCCCCCUCAUUUUUCCUCUUCCUCCUCUUUGCUCUAUGGGGAGGGAGGAAGCUGCAGCUCCCUCACUUCCUCCUAUGGGUGGCCUUGACUCCCGGCUCUGGCCGGAGGAUGGGAAUGCUGCGGGGAUGGGGCCAUGAGGACCCCCCCGGCCCCGGCUCUCCCCACGGUUCCUCCCCAGCCGGUGCCGGCGUCUCCGGUUUGCACUUUAGUCACGGAAACGUCCCCUUCGGAUGCACCUUGGGGGGGUUUGGGUUCACUUCGGGCCCCCCCCACUGCAGAGCCCCCGGGUUUGGCUUCUCCUGGAGCAUUCCCAGCUGCAGGAAUCCUCCGGAGCAUUGGGAUGCUCCCAGGUCCCAGCAAGCCAAAAGGGCCCCAUGGAGACACCCCAAUGGGGGACACCCCAGGGGCCAGCUCCUGCUCUCCCCAUGGGUUCAGGCUGCGCACAGCAUGGGGGGGCCCACCCUACCCGUGGCUGUGGGGCAGAGGGACCCGUCUCGUAUGAAGCCCCCUAUUGCAGGGGCAGAUCCCCCCCCCCUCCCCAGCCCCUCAGAUCAGGGCUUGGUGUUGAACCGGGGCUGGGGUCCCUGUUUCUGCCCCCUUUUUCUCCCCGUUAUGCCCUGGUUUGGGGUCACGCUGCAGCUUCCCCCCCCCCCCCCCUUCCUUUCCUGAUCAUUCUUAUUAUAAUUAUAAUGAUUUUGGCUUCGA